GCCUCACUCCCCGCCUCGUUCCCCGCAGGGCCCGCGCCGGCCGGCGCCGUGAGGAUGAAAGUGGUGGAGGAGCCCAACACGUUCGGACUGAACAACCCGUUCCUGGCCCAGACCAACCGCCUGCAGCCCAGGAGGGAGCCUUCGCCCGCGUCCGGGCCCGUGCAUCUCUUUAGACUUUCUGGCAAGUGCUUCAGCCUGGUGGAGUCCACGUACAAGUAUGAAUUCUGCCCUUUCCAUAAUGUGACCCAGCACGAGCAGACAUUCCGCUGGAACGCCUAUAGUGGGAUCCUCGGCAUCUGGCACGAGUGGGAAAUUGUCAACAACACCUUUACCGGCAUGUGGAUGAGGGAUGGUGACUCCUGCCACUCCCGGAGCCGGCAGAGCAAGGUGGAGCUCACCUGUGGAACAAGCAACCAACUGGCCCAUGUGUCUGAGCCGAGCACCUGCAUAUACUCACUGACAUUCGAGACCCCCCUCGUCUGCCACCCUCACUCUUUGUUAGUGUACCCUGCCCUGCCGGAGGCCCUGCAGCAGCGAUGGGACCAGGUGGAGCAGGACCUGGCCGAUGAGCUGAUUACUCCCCAGGGCUAUGAGAAAUCAUUGAGGGUGAUUUUUGAGGAUGCUGGCUACCUAAAGACCCCAGGAGAUACAGAACCCACCCAGCAGGAAGGACAUCCUAAGGGUGUGGGGUUUGAGACCCUGGAAAGCUGCAGAAAGGCACACAAAGAACUGUCACAGGAGAUAAAAAAGCUUAGAAGUUUGCUUACCCAGCACGGCAUCCCCUACACAAAGCCCACAGCCGGGCCCCCAGCGCAGUUGCAAGGUGACCCGGGGCUGCCUGCGAAGGUCUUGUGACCAUGAGAGCAGCACUGAUUCCAAACUUCGGGUGUCGUGUCAUGGGACGCAGAGGAGACAGCAUGGCCACGACUGCAGAGCCCAGAGGCAGCUACACUACAGUCAAGAAGAUCCCCUUCCCUUGGACCAGGCCGGGACUCUCCCAGUGACCAGCUGGCCAGUCUCUUAUGUUCACAGAUGCAGACACAAUAAAGAUUCCAAGUUUUAAUUAAUUCCCAUAUUGAUAAAAAUAAUUCCAUGAAUUCUGUAAA